UCCUUGUCAUAUUCUGUUGCCAAUUAACUUGCUACUUGAUGGCCAUGCGCUGUCUUCGUAAAGUUCAUGCAGGAAAUUAAGAUGAUGGAUGCGGACGAGGUCCGAGAGAGGGCACAGGAGUCCGUCGAUACCUACUGUCAGAAGCAUGACAUUCAGGGUAUCGUGGGAGAUCUGGUCUCCAAAUAUCUCUUGGAUCGUCCGGAGGACAUGAACCCGCAUGAAUACUUUGCACAGCAACUCAGGCUGAAAAUGCUGGCGGGAGAUGAGGCCCAUUUGGUGGAGGCAGCAACGAAGGUCCCAGGCUAUGCUUUGCGACAGCUCUUUGAGGCCACCAAGAGGAUCACCUCUGAAAUUGUUCCAAAGGAGACCAUCCGGGUGAUCAUUGAGGAAAGCCUCAAGGUGCUGAACUGUGAUCGCAUCUCCUUAUUCGUCUUUGACAAGCGAAUCGAAAUGUUGGUACUCAACGCUUCAAACCUGGAGCAUCCAAUUCGUGUCAGGCCAGGGCAAGGCAUUGCCGGCACGGUCUUCACGAAUGUGCAGUCGGUGAACAUCGCUGACUGCUACAAUGAUUCGAGAUUUGAUCAAUCCUUUGACAAAGAAACUGGGUACGUGACACACAACCUCCUUGCCAUCCCCAUCGUGGACUUCGAGGGAAAGUGCUUGGGUGUGAUCCAGGCGAUCAACAAGAACGGUGCAGGCCAGAGCUUCGAACCUGCUGAUGAGAUCCUUCUGACCAACUUGGCGCAGCAGGUCUCUGUGGCCCUACACAAUGCAGAGUUCUACCGCGCUGCCAUUGUCACCAGUGAAAGAGCCAACGCUCUCUUGAACAUGAUGCAAUCAUUGACGCAUGACCUUGGCGCCCAAUCUUUGGUCUUGUCUGUGGCGACCCACGCCUCGACACUGGUUCGAGCAGACCGCUGUACCGUCUUUCUCGUUGAUGAUAGGGCUGAAGAGUUGAUAUCCAUUGCUAAUGACUCUGGCAUAGAGAUCAGGAUUCCCAAGUCUCAUGGAAUUGCUGGAGAAUGUGCGACCGAAAACAAAUUGAUUGUGAUUGACGACGCGUACGAAGAUGCUCGAUUUAAUCCCGAGUACGACGAAAAGACUGGCUACCGGACGCAUAGCAUCAUUGCUCUUCCGGUGAAACGGCCGCCUACCAAAGACAAGGCAUGUGCUGUGAUUCAAAUGAUCAACAAGCAGGAGUUUGAUGACGAAAUCGGCCGGUUUGAUGACGAGGAUGUGCAGGUUUUGGAGACCUAUGCCAUGUUUGUUGCAACCCAGCUGGCUCAAUCUUCCUUGCUCUCUGCACGUGGGAAGGCGAAUAGCGAGGAAUUUGAGACGCACACAAACACGACAAGCAUGAAGCAAGGGAUGGACUCUUUCCAGGGAGUGAUCGAGGAGAUGGAUGAGGAGGAGGAUUGACCGAAGAUGGAUGGUCUCGGUCCCGAGAGGUUGAUUCCCCGGACCAUUUGGAAGCCAUUUAGCACACAGAAUCAAUGCACAAAGGUAAGAUGAGGGAAGUACCCAAGCGCGCUCGCAAGCCAACCCUGCGCUGCGCUUGCGCUGCAUCUUUCGGUUUCACAAGUUGGAUGCGACCAAAUGUGGCUGCAGAGAAACCGAAAAGAAGGUUUGGAUUCAAAUGCACCAAUGUCAG